GGGCCGCUGGGCGCCCUGGCGCUGCUCUGGGCGGCGGCGGUGCUGUGCCAGCUGGGCAGCGGCAGCGUCCUGCGCCGCCGCCUCCACGCCGCCGGCUUCCCGCAGCGGCGGCUCGGCGGCGGCGAGCGGCGCGACGUGCAGCGGGAGAUCCUCGCCGUGCUGGGGCUGCCGGGGCGGCCGCGCCCGCGGGCCGCCGGCCGCGCCCCCGCCGCCGCCGCGCCGCUCUUCAUGCUCGACCUCUACCACGCCGUGGCCGGCGAGGAGGAGGAGGAGGAGGAGGAGGAGGGGGCGGCGGCGGCGGUGUCCCGGCCCGUGCUCACCGGCCUCAGCACCCAGAGCCCCCCGCCCGGCAGCGUCGUCAGCCGCGCCGACACCGUCGUCAGCCUCGUCAACGUGGUGGAGCAGGACGGCGACGCCUUCUCCCCGCAGCCCCCCUGGAAGGAGUUCCGCUUCGACCUGACGCAGCUCCCCGCGGGCGAGACGCUGACGGCCGCCGAGUUUCGCAUCUACAAGGCGCGCGGCGUCGCCCGCCACGCCAACGGCACGCUCCACGUCGGCGUCUACGCGGCGGCGGCCGAGCACGCCAGCAGGGACCCGGAGCUGUUCCUGCUGGACGUGCAGGACCUCGGGGCUGGCGCCGAGGGCUGGCUGGUCUUCGACGUCACGGCCGCCAGCGGCGCCUGGGUCGCGGGGCCGAGGCGCGCGCUGGCGCUGCGGCUCUACGUGGAGACGGACGAGGGGCGCAGCGUGGAGCCCGGGCUGGCCGGGCUGCUGGGGCGCCGCGCGCCCCGCUCCAAGCAGCCCUUCCUGGUGACAUUUUUCCGGGCGAGCCGCGGCCCCGCGCGAGUCACCCGGGCGGCCAAGCAGCUGCGGAAGAGGCAGCCCAAGAAGGCAACCGACCUCCCGCACCCGAACAAGCUGCCGGGGGGGUUUGACGACGGCCACGCCGCCGACGGCAGGCAGGUCUGCCGGCGCCACGAGCUCUACGUCAGCUUCCAGGACCUCGGCUGGCUGGACUGGGUGAUCGCGCCGCAAGGGUACUCCGCUUACUACUGCGAGGGCGAGUGCGCCUUCCCGCUGGACUCGUGCAUGAACGCCACCAACCACGCCAUCCUGCAGUCGCUGGUGCAUCUGAUGAAGCCCGAAGCCGUGCCCAAGGCCUGCUGCGCCCCCACCAAGCUCAGCGCCACCUCCGUCCUCUACUACGACAGCAACAACAACGUCAUCCUCAAAAAGCACCGCAACAUGGUGGUCAAGGCGUGCGGCUGCCACUGAGCCCGCGCGCUGCCCGCGCCACGCGUCGCGCGGCCUGAGUCAUUGCAAAAAGGGGAAAAAAAUACGGAAAAGUGAAAAAUAAGUAAUAAUAUUAAACCCUCAUGACCCUCCGUCCUCAAACUGGAUGUAAAUAAUAUAAAACUUUUAUUCUCUUAUGUA